AUGGGGCUGUUGCUGACGCAGCUUCUGGCAUGCUGCAGCCAUCGGUCGAUGGCACUUCCUGUCUUCUCGCUUCGCCCGAAGAGCUCAUCGACACUGCAAACACGCACCACGAAUCUCCGCCGGCGUGAUCUUCUGCUGGACAACGUCGUAACGCGCAGCAGCAUCUCGUUUGUGCUUAGCGAUGCUGACCCCGAUCUUGUCCACGUGCGUGCUGUCGCCCCCAAUCGGCAGUUCGUCCCGGAGAGCAACACCUCACGCGAAGAUGUCGCCAUUACCGCCCAGUUUGGCGUUCACUAUUCGCGGAUGGAGAUCGAAGGCCAACCGAGCAGUGGCUGGCCUGUAAACCUCAGUCGCGGAGCGUAG